UUUGGCUUGUAAAAUUAAUUCAAAAUUAAAUGUACCGAAAAAACUAAUUAGGCAAUAUAAAAAUCUUUUUAAGAAUGGAUCAAUAUGCAGCAUCAACAAUACUAGAGGAUCAUGAAAAUAAAUACUCCUCUCUAUUGGCUGUGAGGCUCGUCAUCUCAAGUGGUGAAGGUUACUUUAUAAAAAAGUUGUCCUUCAAAAAGUGUACUAAACAAAUCACAGCCUCGAGAGAAGUGAAAAAAGCAAUCUUGCCAUUCAAAAAACCAGUUGAAAGAACAUCCGAUUCAAAUGCUUUGAAAACAGAAAUAAAAUUGAAUAUGUCAGAUGUUCCACCUAAGCUCCAUUCAUUCAUUUUUGUGUUCGACAAUGAAGACACGAGAUAUGAAUAUGUUACUUUAAACAAAUUGUUUAGAGGAAAGCAUAAUUCGUCAAGCAUUUUUGGGCAUAGCGAUAAAGGAUCUCUUUGCAGUUAUGAAAUUUCAGCUCACGAUGAUGUAGAUGUAUUAAGGCAUAUGUCUUAUUCUUUUCGAAAAGCCACGAAGACAAAGCGCGAUACAUUUAUUCCAUCCAAUAUGUGUGAGAACAAAGGAGAGGGUGACCAAAAGAAGACGGGUAGCCAUAAAAUCCUACUUUUUGAAGAAAAAGAGACUUAUGAACCCAGCUUUUGUUAUAAUGAUGAUAUGGUUAAGAAGAAGAAUGAUAAUCUAAUACCAUUUGUUGAAUUUGCAACUAAUGAAUACCAAUUUCCAACAAACCAAAAUGCGCUAUCAAUUAUUUGUGAAAAGUCAUGCGAUUUUGGUAACAAAUUUGAUGAAGAAUGUAUUCAAUUUACUUUGACUCUUACAAAUACUUUUAAUGAUAGCUUAACAGAAAUGUUUUCUGUAAGUCUUAAAGCUAGCAUGUCAGAAAAUAUUUGUUUUACAGAUCGAAUUAUAAAUAGUAAUGUUGAGCAAAGUAGUCUAAAUCAUCUCAUAUUAAAUAUUUUCAAAUAUCUCCAUAAUAAUCAGAGAUUACAAAUCCAAGACAAGUCAGCAGUGCAGCAUGAAUUACUUUCAACUUCAGGAAAACUUGAGGUUCGUAGCGCAACACUUCCUUGUAGUUUAAAAGCAGUAACUGGACUUCCUUAUUGGUCUAUAGACCAAACUGGAAAGGUUCGUAACACAACACUUGCGCGUAGUUUCAGAGCAGAAAUUGGACCACAAUAUUUGGCAAAAUACUUUAGUUCUAUGGUUAAAAAUUUGAACUUUGAUAAGCGGUUACUUGGAACGAAAGGUAGCAAAAGAAUGCUUCUUAACAUAGAGCUUAAACCAAAGCAACUAAAGGUGCAAGUAGAAAACAUCUUACUUGCUAGACCUGUCCAUUUUUUUGCUGGUACCGUAGAUAGAUAUGCUGACAUAACUCGUAUGUUGCGUGGCGAGACACCACAAAGGUGCCUGAAAGUUAAGCCUCCUAUGAUGUCUAGUUUAUCUGAAAAACGUAUGCUGAUAAAUAAAAGUAUUUGCAUGACUAAGACAAAUAAGUCUGAAUCGAAAAAAAAUGUAUGUCCUGCAACUUUGCCAAAAGAUUCAUGUUUAAAAUGCAAGGAAGUUGAAUCAAUAUCAGUUAAUAAAGAAAACUUAUUGGAAUCAGAGGGUCUACUUUUAAAAUUGAUUGGUACAAUGAAUUUGUGGUCGAUGCUAUUUUUGUUAAAAGCAAUGGUCGGUGCCUUCGCAUGUACAAAAUAAAAUAUUCGUGAAUUCUAUUUAAAUCAAUAGUUGAUACUUUCGAACAAAAAAGAACUAAUUGUAAUAAAAGUUACUAU